CGUGGUCUAGCGCGUCUAAUCAAAUCAACUUUAUAUAUUGUUAAUAACUCAAUUAAUAUUAAUAGAUUGUUUAGAAAAGAUAAUUAAAUUAAAAAAAUGAGUGGAAUUGUGAGAAUAGGUUUGCGUCUUAUUGGAAAAACAAGAUAUGUUCCAAAUAAUAACACAACAAAAUAUCUACAAUCCAUGUGCCACGUGAGAAAUGGUUCUAGUCAUGUAACCAAAAAUUCAAUUACAUCAGCUCAAAAACGAUUAGCUGGAUAUUGGAAUAUAAUAAGUACUGUUACCAAAAAUAUUUUAUGGUAUUCUACAAUUCCAUUAACAGUUAUUGUUGUUGGCUGCACUUUUGUCAUUAUAAAAACUCCUACAUUUUGGGAAGAUUUGGACAUGGUGGAUGAAGUCGAAGAAGAAACUUUAAAGUAUUCUAUAAUUCCAUCAAAAAUUAUUACGUCUAGUGUAUUAUUUAAUGACGGUGUAAUAAACAUAAAAACACGAGAUGAUGAAAAAACUUUUACUAACGAGAACACGCGUAAUUUAAUAAUUAGCGAAGAAUUGGAUGCAAACAUACAAGAGCCAUUUUUUAAAGGAAAACCAAUAGCAAUAACAGUUGGUAAAUUUAAUGGAUUUCUUGAUAAGGGUAAAUUAAAAUUAAACACAGAAGACGGUAAUACUACAUUUACUUUCCAUCACACAGUGGGCCUUGAAGUUAAAAAAUUGACUGAAACUUUACUGAAUGAAAUAGCUGCUAACGAAAAAGAGCAACCUGAAAUAAUACCACAGAGAGAGGGUAAAUUUAGUUACUUCUUUCCAGGUAGUAAAAUGACCAUGAAAACACCGGGAAGUCUGAAAAAGUGGACAGGCUUUUCUUGCACUCCUUCUGACUCUAAUUUUAAGAAAAUAUUUCCAAUUAUUGGCAGUUUUAGUUCAUCAGGUGAUACUAGAGUAAAAAUACAAAAAGACAAUAGUGAUGAAGUAUAUUAUUUUACACAAAUAGUGAAUAUUGAAUGUGACAAAAAGUUAGAUGAAAAUUUACAAAAUCAAAUUGCUAUUAAAAAAGUAUCUUCAAGGAACGAUUUAGCUAAAGAAAUGAAAACAUGUGAAUUAGUAAUUGAUAGUGGUGCAGUUGUUUUUAAAACACAAGAUGGUGAUAAAUUUGUCGUUCGACAUAGACUGAUCUGCGAAAUUUUCGAAGUUGGUGAACAAACAUAUCUUAGUUGGACGCAAAAAUUAAAGGCAUUUAAUUCACGGUAGUAAAAUCUAUCUUGAAUGUCACUAGAUAUUUAAUGAUGUCCAUGAACCUAUAUUGAUACCGAUUUGGUUCCCGAGCAAGUCGUUAUUUUUAAAAAAUAUAAUUAUUGCAAAGCAAAAAAUUAUUAUUAAUGAAAAAAAACUGUAUUUAUAUCAAACAAGUCAAAGCUUUGAUGUGACUGAGCUUAAUUUGUUUCUUGGAGUUGUUAUUAAAAAUUGACAUUGA